AGACGGUCAACACAAACAUGGAAAGCACUGAACAAGAGAAAGACAAACAAAAUCCGGCUACAGCCGAAGACCAAGACAAUAUGGCAGCAACAACGGACACGCGAAGAAUAGACACUUUGGCUCGGCCUAAACCAGUUCCAGUUGGAUUUAUUGAAGACAGGCGAUCGGUUUACUGGGAUAACAACUUAGCGAAGAACUGGGAUAAAAUAGAACCGACCAAGAAUGUGUUAAGUGAAAGACAAGCACAACUUGUGUACAGCAAGCAACUUCACAAGGACUAUGUUGGGGACAGACGAAGCGCUAUAUGGCCAGUCAGUGAGGCAGCAAUGAAAGCUUCAGCAUCAGGGCGAGUUGAAGCCCUGUCAGAACCGAAAGCACUUCAUCGAGACUACCAACCAUGUAGGCAAGUCCAAACAGCCGUCAGUGAGGCAGCAAUGAAAACAGAACCCUCACAACGUAUAGAGUUUCUUGCACAAGCCAAAACUUACGCUCCUUUAAAAAUCAAGUCAAAUAGUGAUUGGGAUUGGAGCGAAUGGGAAUCUGAUUUAACAGAAGCUGCAAAGAAUGGAACAGCAUCAGAAAGAGUUCUUGUUCUUUCAAAUCCCAAGCAGCCACAUCGCAAUUACAAUGAAGGGCGUCCUGUGAUCUGGGAAGUGUCACAGUCAGCCCAAAAGGCACUUCCGUCUCUCAGAGUUCAGCAGCUCGCAAGACCAAAGAGCCGAAGUCAAUACAACGAGGAUUACGAUGCAAAUGCGUGGAAAGUCUCACAAGGAGCGAAAGUGGCUCAAGCCACUCCUAGAAUUGUAGAACUUGCACUACCAAUUCCUCGAAAAGUUAGAAGUAAAAAGGUUGCUUGAGCUGGAGAUCCUAAAUUUACAACUAAUUUUUGGAUAUAUUAAUUAUUUUUACUUAUUAAUUAAUGAUCCGAGAGUCACAUUUAUUUCCAAAUGUAUCAACAGUUUUUUGUUAAUACUUUUAUUAAGCUAUUUGUGAAUAUAAGUUAUGAAAAGAAAAGUCUUCAUUUCUGUGUGUCAAAUUAUCUCUCUGUAGUAAUAAUUAAUUAUCUAAUAUAAUAUCAAAUACUCUUUUAUAAAUACAGUACAGGUAGUGGAUUUAAUUAUACCUUUUCUCUUAACAUGUCACACACUUUUAAUAACAGCUGGUAAAUUUUCACAAUUUUUAUUACAUGUUUGUCCAAACAAAUAAAAAAAGGCAAAGCAUGAUUAGAUGACAGAAAAAGUAUCACUUUUCAUUAUUUUGGUUGCUUAAAAUUUUUAAAUAAAAUCAUGAAGGAGAAUGUGGCUAGCCUACAUGCAUUUCAACAAUAAAAACUCUUGUUGAACUAGCUUCAAGGCAUCUAUAUGUAUAGUCUCCAUUAAUAUUGUAUCUUAUUUAACAAUUAACUUUUAUCUUUUAAUGUUUCUUUUAACAUUACAUGUACAUGUAGUUCUAAUGGUACAAUUGCACAAGGAGAAAUUAAGACAUUAAUGUACAUUCAAAUGCUCAACAACAGUUGAUGAUUUUCUUUAUUCUGA